GCCAAGGUCACAGAGGCAAGAAAGGGCUUGACUUACCAGAAAACAACAGUCAGAUAUGAUUCAACAGAGAGGAAAGAAAUGUUUGAGGAAGUAUGUGGCUAGAGGGAAGUAACAGCAGUGAGGAUUUGUUUGUGUUGCUGGACCCAAAUCAAGGAUUACUUUACCCAAACAGCCGGCCAGUCAGUCAGGCAUGCAGCUGUUGUGUCCUCUACCCAAUCGAGACAGACUCUUCGCUCGAUCUGUGUCCCAACCCCAGUCAGCUAUUCAACCACUCAGCUCCUCUCCUGCCUGGCCCCCCCAGCCCAUAUGCAGACCUCCUUUCCUGCCCCAGGAUGCGAUGUAGUGACGUGCCUAACAGCAGCAGUGAGACCGUCCUUGUUCUAAUGUGUUUGUGCAUUGAAGAGUUUACAAGGAAACAGCUUGCCAGGGGCAGGCAGCUGCUGUUUCCUUCAGCGUGCAGCAGAUCGGGGGGACAACAGCAGGAUGCCAUGGGGGAGAAGUGGCUCGGCGGCCCUGCUGCUGCUCUCGGGCAGAGCCAACGUGAGGGCCAAGGCCAGAAAUCCCAGCCCCACCGAGAUGAGCGUGGAGCCCUGGGCCAGCCCGCAGGACCAGGCAGCCGCUGAGCACUCCCACAGCACCUCGCACACGCCAUCCUCCCAGGACCAGGAGCAGCACCCUGACAAACUGUGCCUGGACUCAUUCUGGAGUGAGGUGGAGACCAUCCGACAGGGGAGUGGCUACACAGACCUCGAAUGCAGCAGGAGAGACUCCAGACAGUCAGAAGAAGGCGAACAGGAGGAGCAGUGGUUGGCCGAUGCUGGUUUGUCGACCCUUAUCAGCGAGGACAGCGAGGAUGUAGACAACGCGGUGCUGCUGUCCACUCUGACCCGGACCCAGGCCGAGGCCGUCCAGCGGCGCCUGGACUCCUACACGCUGUCCCUCCGCAAGAGGAACAAACCAGCUCCUCGAGACGUCCGCGACAUCUUCAACCCCUCCAUCUCCAAGACCCAUUUGCCUGAUUCCCAGCGGAGUGAAGAAGCUGCCCACAACAGCAUGGCAUCGCUUCCCAAAUCACCGUUAUCGGCUGUCCCGCCGGAGCUUCAGCGAGGUGCUCCUAAAGAGGAAUUCUUCAUCACCGACGUGGCUUUCUGCGAACAGGCCGUCAUCUUCCUCAAACAGGCCAAACUGCCGCAGAACAACAGCCAGCGCAGGAAAGAGGAUUGCACCUUGCCUCGGGUGAUCUGCCCCAAGUGCCGCCUCGGAGUGACUCGUGUUCAGGAUCUGUCGCACUCUGACAUGAAGAAGGUGCGUCAGUUGGCUCUCAUCGACAUGACGGCGCUGUGCGACCUCUUAGAGCUGGAGGUCAAAAGGCACAAAACCAGCAAGAGGAAAAACACAGAGAGCCCACUGUACGGGGUGCCGCUGGCCACGCUGCUGGAGAACGAUCAGAAAAUUAAGCCAAACACCUCAAUUCCUCUCUACAUGCAGGCGUUGUUGUCGUUUUUGGAGAAGAAGGGCGUUGAUUCGGAGGGGAUCCUGCGGGUUCCAGGAUCUCAGUCCAGAAUCAAGAUGCUACAGCAGAACUUGGAGACAAACUUCUACUCAGGGCAGGUCAGUUGGGACGACGUGAGUCCCAACGACGCCGCCGCGCUGCUCAAGAAGUUCAUCCGGGAACUGCCAGCUCCGCUGCUCACCCCCGAGUACCUCAACACCUUCAGUGCCGUCAGAGACAUCACAGAGCUGAGGCAGAAACUCCACAUGUUGAACCUGCUCAUCCUGCUGCUGCCUGAGCCCAACAGGAACACACUAAAGGCCCUCGUGGAGUUCCUCAGUAAGGUGGUUUCCAGGGAGAGGAAGAACAGGAUGAACCUCUGGGCAGUAGCCACCAUCAUGGCUCCCAACCUCUUCCUCCACAAGGCCGUCCCCAGCAGGCUGACUGAGGGGGCGGAGAAAGGUCACGCGGAGAAGGCAGCUGAUGUCAUGAGGCUCCUCAUCCGCUACCAGGACCUGCUUUGGACGAUUCCUAAUUUCCUCAUGAGCCAGGUACGUAAGCUGAAUGAUAACAGUAACCGGCGUUACCAGUUCUACGAUCGCCGCAUCAAAAACCUGCUGAGGAAGAUCCACACAGACAGCCGCGACAAACCGGAUAAAAACACGUCAGAGCUGUGUCGUACGGUGAAGAUCCAGGUCGGGGAUCUGGUGAGUGGCACCUUGGAGUAUCAACUCAACAUCAACUCCCGAGCCUCAGACCUGCUCGCACAGUUUCAGCGCCAGUCCCUCCGCAGCCCAGACAAUGGGAAAGGGAAAAUGCGAAGGAACGGCUCUGUGGCGUAUCCGGACUGUGCCCUCUACGAAGUGGGAGGGAACAUUGGUGAGCACUGCCUGGACCCCGACACACACCUUCUGGAUUUGUUCAACAGUAACUCCGGAGGGGAGUGGGUCAUCAAGCUAAAACCCAACGCAGGCCGAGGGCUGUGAAGGACGGACGAACAGAUCGGGGAACAGCUCGUCAAAUCAAAGGACACAGGCAUAGCCUAAAAAAAGAAAUCAAAGCCAUGCAGCCCUCUCCUCUUGUCAUUUUUAUCCUUGGAGCAACAUGAGAGAGCAGACAGAUGGAGGUUGCAGGAACAGAUAGAUGGAGAAUCUGCCAGGAGCAGAAAGAACUGUCUAUGAACACAGUUUGUUCUCUUUUUCUCCCCCUCUACCUUUCUCUAUCUCUCCAUUUUCCUCCCCUCGCUCCAUCCUCCCUGUCCUGCGUUACCGCGACGCUGCGAGCAAAACGCGGUUGACGUGACUCAUUACUUCCGACAGAGAACCUGCUGCAUAGAAAAGAGUGGAGGGCAGUUUGAUUCGCCAUCUUUCCUCUCAAGCAAUCAUCCCCAAUCCUGAGCGAGCAGAUGGGGAGGCAGAGCUCCUCUGGCUACAGAGCGCACGAGGCCCACCCACUUCUCAGGCCAGACAGACAAAUUGUGUUUCUGAAACGUGGGUUUUUAUUCAUCAGUGUUCGGCAAAAAGCUGAAACAUGAUUAAGGUGCUUAACAACCAUAUUCUUUGGUAUACUGGUGUCUAUAAUCUUGCCACUUGACAGUAUGUUUUUUAUACCGGAGAACACAACAUUUAUUGUGCGAUUCAUUCUAGACCUGAAGCUGCGUUCACCACCACAAUAUCAAUUCAUACAUGUCAGAGAAAUCUGUGUUUCCCAGAGAUAAGAAAUCUCUUUUCUCUUAGCCCCCCCCCUUCAGAAACCAGGUGUCUUGUUUACUUGGCGUUAGAGAAAUGAGAUGACUGGAAAGAUCUAACUGUAACAUAGUCACGAAUAUAGGAGACAAAGCAAUCCAAGGGAAGACAUGUAAAAUACACUUAUUUCCAAAAUGGUAAAUGUAAACACAAUGACUGUAGUAUACAGUAUAUCUGCUAAGUUCAGGAUAUGAACAGAAGACUAUUAUCAUGUUCUGCAUUUUCAAUUAAAUACUGAUGAUUAAAAUCCAGCAACACGAGAAAACUAUUAAAGCUGAUGAUAAUGGAACAGAAGCUAUCCUGGAAACGGAGCAGGACUUCAGCUCUUUGGAAGGAAACAGUCACCAACACCAUCAAUGUCUCCGCUGACCGCCUUCAGGCCAGUCACUUGGUCUCAAAGUAAACAAAGAUGGAGGCCUACUCUCCGUAUCGACUCUGUUCUACAUCUGUGCCAUUCAGAGAGACGACCAUGAACUGAUAUCUUCUCAUCUGUGAAACCUUCGAUCUCCUGGGCCUUAUAAAAUAAAUCCAUGGACUUCCAAGGCCCCCUGACCUGUAAGGAACAAUGCUCAAAGAGACGUUUCUAUUUUCUUUUUUUUUUGAUACCAAGGGAUUUGGUGUCACAACCUCAAGGACAGUUAUUGCACCUCUAAGGGGAGUAAAGGACCCACAGUGAAGCUGGUCUUCAGUUCUCCUUUUGAACCACAUGAAUGCAGCCAAAAGUGCUGAAGUGACUCUUUGGGGGUGAACUGGGAUUAUUCUUGUUAUUUAUAUGAAUGUAAUGCCAUUGUUGCUUCUGUAUUUGAUGAGUGUUCUGUAGGCUAGAGAGGCUUUAGGAAGUUGCUGCUCUCAGUAUAACAGUAUGUUGUGUGACCCAUACUCAGUGUGGGAAUGUGCAGUGUUCUUGUACAUAUUUCUUGAAGCUUUUUAUGGAUCUCUUUACAUCCUAAACAGUAUCAUAUGAUUAAUGUCAUGUGUAAAUAUUCAUUCAUACACCUGCUGAGAAGAAGUACUGAAAUCUCUAUCUUUAUCGUGGAGCAAAUGAAAGUGUUUUACAUUUUUAGCGCCGAUCGUCAGAUGUGAAUCAUUUACUCCUCGCAGUCGGAGCCAUGUUGAUGCUCCGCGGCCAUUUUGUGGGAAGUGCCUCGCACUCUCUGCGUAAUGACAGCGGGCCCGGCACCAACAUCUAUCAACACCCUCUGCUCCAUCUCUGUCACCUCCCAAUAAUGGCCCAUAAUGAUGCGGUGCAUGCAUCAGAAACAUGCCGAGGAAUCACAUUUCUUUGAUAAAGGAGGGGGUAAUAAAUGGCUGUUAUAAAUUCUGCUGGACCUGACGACGGCAGCGGCGCGUGCGCGCGUGUGUGUGUGUGUGUGUGUGUGUGUGUGUGUGCAUGCAUGUGUGUGAUGAGCUUCAUUACACAAGUCCAAUUGGCCUGUCCCAGGGUCCCAGCACAGUUCAGUGCCUCGGCACAAAGCGAACUGAUGAAACUGCCUUCUGCUGACAAUCAGGAGAACUAGGUCACCUCUGAAGCAGCAUCCCAGAGGGCGAGGGCCCUGAGGAGACGUGCACAUGGGCACCUAUUGUGUAAACAUACAUGACAACACACAACAUGAUGUGGAGUCACCAAAAACAAGGGGCACAAGGUCACACACUGCACCGAUUCUCUGUUGUGUUUGUACAUACUGUAUGUGAAUGUGUUUGUGUGUGAGAGAAAAUGAAGAAGCGUCCUUUGGCGCAGAUAUCUCUGAAACAGUGUUAUCUAUUAGAUCAUUCAUGGAGACUAAAUGAUGGACAGUUACUGGAACAUCUUUGGUUGUGAAACGUCGGUUAGCAGACGUCCGAAUGUAUAUUUAUGCCCUUUACACAAGUCAUUGUUUUUAAUACUUCUGUGAAAAUAGUCUUUGCUGUAGAAAGAAAAACUUUUGAAAAAUGUUUUUGUCAAUAAAUGUGAAUCUAA